AUGGCUACUCCUAGCGAAAUAACGAUACCAGCGCAAUCAUGGCCUAACAGCAGCGAGGCCAGCAAAGACGGAUUGACUUUCGCUCCACGCGGCGAGCAGGUCGAUGAGACUACCAUCGACAGUGAUGUGUCUGGUUAUGACGCAGAACUUAUGCAAGCUCGCUCUCUUUUGACGACCGAAGAAGAGAGAAAGCUCAUGAGACGAGUUGACCUGAGGAUCAUGACAAUUUGUUCUUUGCUCUUCCUCAUGAAGAACAUUGACGCUGACAACAUCUCAAAUGCGAGGAUUAUGAACAAAGGAACACCAAGAAACAUCAUGACGCAGCUGAACAUGACUUCAGACGAGUACAACUUGUUGAAUGUCCUAUAUUAUCUAAUUGCCGAGGUGCCGUACAUUGUUCUUGAAGCACCUUCAAACCUCCUGUUAAAACGACUGAGACCAAGUGCCUGGCAGUCAAGAAUCAUGAUCUCGUGGGGCAUCGCACUUUUAUGUCACGUCCCCGUAACUAACAAGGGUGGCAUCUACGCUACGCGUUUCCUCCUCGGUGUAGUUCUAAAGGCCUGUCAGGGUGGCAAUGUCCCUCCAACGGCGAAAUGGCUGACGGAGAAAGAGAAGGCGUUCAUCCAAGCGCGUCUUCCAAGUAACGCGCCCAGAGCUGAGGAGAUGAACUUCAAUUUUAGUGAAAUUGUCGACUCGCUCAAAGAUUGUCGACUAUGGCUAUUCACACUCAUCUGGGCUACUUUCACUGUUGGCACAUCUGGCGUGCGAUUCUACCAGCCUACAGUCAUUGCCAACCUCGGUUUCACCACCAUCGCGAGAGCACAGCUCCUCAACUUGCCAAUCUCUUUGUUGGCCAUAUUCGUCAUUGGUAUAACAGGAUUCUUCGCUGAUAAGGGACUCAUACCGCGGCCUUUGUACCCUCUCGGCGUCUUCGCCGUCAUUCUCGCUUGCUAUGGGGUGAUGGUGGCUUAUCCCUCCAACGGCGCCGUCUACGUUGCGACCCUUAUCGGAAAUGCCUUUACCGCCUCUUUUUUCCCUCUUAUGUGGCCCUGGCGGGUGCAGACAACUUCAAGAGCCACCGGCUCCGCCUUCAGUAUUGGCUUUGUGAAUAGUUAUGGCCAGAUCGGUGGAGCUAUCGGCCCUCAAAUUUUCAGGUCCAAGUAUGCCCCGCGUUACCAAACCAGUUUCGCAGCAGCCAUGGCAUUAGUGGGAUGCUGCACCAUCACCACGCUCAUUACCUGGUGGGUUACAAGAAAGUCAGAGUCUGAUACCCGUCGGCUGAAGAGGGCGAGAGUCCGCGCUGAAAGAGAAGGUCUUGCGGUUUUGGAUGACGUUGUUGACCGAGAUUUGAACAACAAACGGAGCGACGACUAA